AUGGAAAUGAAGAAAGCUGUGUUGAAAUUGGAUUUGCGUGAUGAUAAAGACAAGAAAAAGGCCAUGAGGAAAGUCUCCGGUCUUUCAGGGGUGGAAUCAAUAUCCAUGGACAUGAAGGACAAGAAGAUGACAGUGAUAGGGGAUAUUGAUACAGUGGUGAUAAAAGCUGUGUUGAAAUUGGAUUUGCAUGAUGAUAAAGACAAGAAAAAGGCCAUGAGGAAAGUCUCCGGUCUUUCAGGGGUGGAUUCAAUAACCAUGGACAUGAAGGACAAGAAGUUGACAGUGAUAGGGGAUGUUGAUACAGUGGUGAUAGUGAGCAAACUGAGAAAGUUGUGUCACACCGAAAUAAUUACAGUAGGACCAGCAAAAGAGCCUGAAAAGAAAAAAGAUGAGCCCAAGAAAGAUGAGACAAAGAAGCAAGAAGAUCAGAAGAAGAAAGAUCAAGCUGCUAUGGCUGAGUGGUAUGAAAAAGAUGAUUAA